CCUGCCGCUUUCAGAGCGGGUGUUAUGGCUGCCGGCGUCGAGGUGGCAGGAGUAGCCCGCCGAGCGGGGACAAGUCACUAAACGCGGAGGGAGAAGUGACUCAGGCCGGACGGCGGAAAGUCGAGGGGAGGGGCAGAGGCCCCGCGGGGGUGACCGUGCCACUGGCGGCGAGUCCCUGGUGAAGUCCCAGGCCGGGCCUCUGCCUUUUCAGGCAGAACGCGGCGGUUGGCAGGAGCCCCGCACUGCGUGGAAUUCUGAAUGCUUUGGUCAUAAUUGGCCCCGCAGCGCUCGAGGACGUUCGGCGGGGUGGUCGACUGUGGUGGACGGCGGUGGACGGCGCUAGACGCGUUUCUCGGAGCGGACCUGGUGGUUCUCUGAAGUCGCGGCGAUGUCGUCUUGGUUUGGUGGCCUGGGCUCCGGCCUGGGCCACUCGUUGGGUCAGGUGGGGGGCAGCUUAGCUUCCCUCACCGACCAGAUCUCAAACUUCACGAAGGAUAUGCUUCUGGAGGGCGCGGAGGAAGUAGAAGCAGAUUUACCUAAUUCUGGGAGGAAGGAAAUUGAAGCCAUUCAAGCGAUCUUGAGAUCAGAGAAUGAAAGACUUAAAAAGUAUUGUACUGAUCUGGAAGAAAAGCAUGAAGCGUCAGAGCUUCAAAUAAAACAUCAAUCUGCAAGUUACCGAAAUCAACUGCAACAGAAAGAGGUAGAAAUCAGCCAUCUUAAAGCAAGACAGAUUGCACUACAGGAUCAGUUGUUGAAACUGCAGGCAGCUGCUCAGUCAGUACAUUCAGGAGCUGGUGGUGUACCAAUAACCACUGCGCCGUCUUCAUUCGGUUAUGGAAUCAGUCAUCAUUCUUCAGCUUUUCGUGAUGAUGACAUGGACUUUAGUGACAUAAUUUCAUCACAACAAGAAAUAAACAGAUUGUCAAUUGAAGUGUCAAGACUUGAAUCUGAAGUUGGUCAUUGGAGGCAUAUUGCUCAGUCACAGGGAACACAAAAGUCUGAUCAAAGUGAAAUCUGCAAACUACAAAAUAUUAUUAAGGGCGUUGUGCAUGCGAGGCAGUUACUCUACCAACUAAGCUAUAUCCCCAGACCAGUGGAACUUAAACAAAACCGAAGUCAGGAAAUUGAUGAUCAUCAACAUGAAAUGUCAGUUUUGCAGAAUGCACAUCAACAGAAACUGGCAGAGAUAAGUCGCCGGCAUCGAGGAGAGUUAAAUGACUAUAAAGAACGAAUUGAAGAACUUGAAAAUCUAUUACAACAAGGUGGCUCAGGAGUUACAGUAACUGAUCAGACUAAAAUCUGUGAGAUGCAAAAUAUUAUUCAGGUUCUACAAACUGAAAAAGUAGAAUCUACAAAGAAAAUUGAAGAACUUGAGGAUAAGAUUAAAGACAUAAAUAAAAAAUUACCUUCUGCAGAAAAUGACAGAGAUGUCCUGAAGAGAGAACAAGAGCAGCUCAGUGUGGAAAAGCAACAAAUAAUUGAACAGUGUGAAAACUCGAAACUGGAAUGUAGUAAAUUGCAGCCUUCUGUGAUGGAGCAGAGUGAUAAUGUGGCAGAAAAGGGAGGAAUUCUUCCACAGAGUUCAUCAGUGGAAGAAGUGUUCAGACUACAACAAGCACUGUCUGAUGCUGAAAAUGAAAUAGUGAGACUGAGUAGUUUAAACCAGGAUAACAGUCUUGCUGAAGACAAUCUGAAACUUAAAAUGCAUGUCCAAGCUUUAGAAAAGGAGAAGUCAUUAUUGAGUCAAGAAAAGGACGAACUUCAGAUAUCACUUUCAAAAUUGAGCAGUGAAUAUGAAGUAAUUAAAAAUACAGCUUCAACAGACAUGAAUUUGAAUUUACAGUUGCAUGACUUAAAACUUAACUUGGAGUCAAAGGAAAAAGAACUGAAUCAGAGUAUCAAUGAAAAGAAAAUACUGAUAGCUGAGUUAGAAGAACUGGACAAUCAGAACCAGGAAGCUACAAAGCAUAUGAUUUUGAUUAAAGAUCAGCUAUCAAAGCAACAAAGUGAAGGAGCUAAUGUCAUCAGGAAAUUGAAACAAGAUCUAGAUGAUGAAAAAAAGAGAGUUCAUCAACUUGAGGAUGAUAAAAUGAACAUAACUAAAGAGUUGGAUGUACAGAAAGAAAAGUUAACUCAAAGUGAACUGAGUCUCAGUGAUUUGCAUUUAACCAAGCAGAAGCUUGAAGAUAAAGUGGAAGAUUUAGUAGAUCAGCUAAGUAAAUCACAGAAAAAUAGUUUAAAUAUCCAAAAGGAAAAUCUUGAACUUAAGGAACACAUUAGACAAAAUGAGGAGGAGCUGUCUAGAGUCAGGAAUGAGUUAACUCUUUCUCUUAAUCAAGACUCUAACAGUAAUUUUAAGGAUGACUUGCUUAAAGAAAGGGACGCAGAAGUUAGAAACUUAAAGCAAAAUCUUUCAGAAAUAGAACAGCUCAAUGAAAACUUAAAGAAAGUUGCUUUUGAUCUGAAAACAGAAAAUGAAAAAUUGGUUUUAGCAUGUGAAGAUGUAAGAUGUAAGUUGGAAGAAUCUAUUGCUGGUAACAAUCAAAUUUCUCUAGAAAAAGACACUAUUGUGGAGACUCUGAAAAGAGAGAAAGAACAGAUAGAAGCAGAACUGUGUCAGGCAGAAAAGAAACUGUUGGAAGAAGCUAAUAAUUAUAGGCAGACCAUUCAGGAACUCUCAAAUGCACGUAAUUUGAAUACCUCUGCCUUACAGCUGGAACAUGAGCGUGUAGUUCAACUCAAUCAAGAGAAAGACUUUGAAAUAGCAGAACUCAAAAAGAAUAUUGACCAAAUGGCAACUGAUCAACAAGAAACUAAGGAAAUGUUGGCAUCUAAUUUGGAAGAACAAAAGCAAAUGACACAACUUAUAAAUGAGAAAGAAGUUUUUAUUGAAAAACUCAAAGAAAAAAGUUCAGAACUGCAAAAGGAGUUAGAUAAGUGUUCUCAGGCCUUAAUUAAAAAUGAAACUUUAAAGCAGACCAUAGAGGAAAAGGACAGAAGUCUCGGAUCCAUGAAAGAAGAAAAUAAUCACCUGCAAGAAGAAUUGGAAAGACUUAGGGAACAACAGAGUCGAGCUGUACCUGUGAUUGAACCUAAAACCCUCGAUAGUAUCACAGAACUAGAAUCUGAGGUAUCUCAACUGAAUAUCAUUAAGAAUCAUCUAGAAGAAGAAGUUAAACAUCAUCAAAAGAUAAUUGAAGAUCAAAAUCAGAACAAGGUGCAGCUGCUUCAGUCUUUACAGGAGCAGAAGAAGGAAAUGGAUGAGUUUAAAUACCAGUAUGAGCAAAUGAAUGUCACACAUACCCAGCUAUUUUUAGAGAAAGAUGAGGAAAUUAAGAAUUUGCAGAAAACCAUUGAACAAAUAAAAGCCCAGUUGCAUGUGGAAAGACAGGACAUUCAAACAGAGAAUUCUGAUAUUUUUCAAGAAACAAAAGUUCAGAGCCUUAAUAUAGAAAAUGGGAGUGAAAAGCAUGAUUUAUCUAAAGCUGAAACUGAAAAAUUAGUGAAAGGAAUAAAAGAACGAGAACUUGAGAUUAAACUUCUAAAUGAAAAGAAUAUAUCUUUAACCAAACAGAUUGAUCAGCUGUCCAAAGAUGAGGUUGGUAAACUCACGCAGAUUAUCCAGCAAAAGGACGUGGAGAUACAAGCUCUUCAUGCUCGAAUUUCUUCAGCUUCGUACACCCAGGAUGUUGUUUACCUUCAACAGCAACUGCAGGCCUUCACUAUGGAAAGAGAACAAGUAUUAGCUGUUCUGAAUGAGAAGACAAGGGAAAAUAGCCAGCUGAAAACAGAGUAUCACAAAAUGAUGGAUAUAGUUGCUGCCAAAGAAGCAGCCCUCAUUAAGCUCCAAGAUGAAAAUAAAAAAUUGUCCAUGAAAUUUGAAAGUAGUGGUCAAGAUAUGUUUAAAGAAACUGUUCAGAAUUUAUCACGUAUCAUUAGAGAAAAAGACAUUGAAAUAGAUGCACUAAGUCAGAAAUGCCAGACUUUAUUGGCAGUUUUACAAACUUCCAGCCCUGGUAAUGAGGUUGGAGGUGUUAACAGUAAUCAGUUCGAGGAGCUCCUACAGGAACGUGAUAAAUUAAAACAGCAAGUUAAAAAAAUGGAAGAAUGGAAGCAACAGGUGAUGACCACAGUCCAAAAUAUGCAACAUGAGUCAGCUCAGCUUCAAGAAGAACUUCACCAACUUCAAGCACAAGUAUUGGUUGACAGUGAUAAUAAUUCUAAGUUACAAGUAGACUACACCGGCCUCAUCCAAAAUUAUGAGCAGAAUGAAACCAAACUCAAAAAUUUUGGGCAAGAAUUAGCCCAGGUUCAGCACAGCAUAGGGCAGCUUUGCAAUACCAAGGAUCUUCUUUUAGGAAAACUUGAUAUUAUUUCACCCCAGCUCUCAUCUGGCUUAUCACUUGCCUUCCAGUCAAUAGAGGAGUCUCUGGGAACAGAUAAGUGUGCUGUACCAAGUGAGACUUCUCUGUUUCUUCAACAAGAGGUAGAAGAACUGAGAAAAUCACUGCAGGAAAAAGAUGCCACAAUUAGAACUCUCCAGGAAAAUAAUCAAAAGUUGUCUGAUUCAAUUGCUGCCUCCUCAGAGGUAGAAAAGAAAGAACAAACUGAUUCAGAAAUUAAGCAACUCAAGGAGAAACAGGAUGUUUUACAAAACUUACUUAAGGAAAAAGAUCUUUUAAUCAAAGCCAAAAGUGAUCAGUUACUUUCUUCAAAUGAAAAUUUCACUAACAAAGUGAAUGAAAAUGAACUUUUGAGGCAGUCAGUAACAAACCUAAAGGAGAGAGUAUUAAUUUUAGAAAUGGACAUUUCUACACUAAAAGGGGAAAAUGAAAAAAUAUUAGAAGCAUCCAGGGAAAAGGAAACAGAGUAUCAAGCAUUACAAGAGACAAACAUGAAGUUUUCUAUGAUGCUGCGAGAAAAAGAGUUUGAGUGCCAUUCAAUGAAGGAGAAAGCUCUUGCUUUUGAGCAACUUUUGAAAGAAAAAGAACAGGGCAAGACUGGGGAGUUAAAUCAGCUUUUAAAUGCAGUUAAGUCAAUGCAGGAGAAGACAGUUACAUUUCAGCAGGAGAGAGACCAAGUCAUGUUGGCCCUGAAACAGAAACAAAUGGAAAACAGUACCCUACAGCAUGAGAUUCAACAUUUACGUGACAAAGAAGUACGUUUAAACCAGGAGCUAGAGAGACUGCGUAACCAUCUUUUAGAAUCAGAAGAUUCUUAUACACGGGAAAUUUUGGCUGCAGAAGAUAGAGAGACUAAACUAAGAAAGAAAGUCACAAUGUUGGAGGAAAAGCUAAUUUCAUCCUCUAAUGCAAUGGAAAAUGCAAGUCAUCAAGCCAGUGUGCAGGUGGAGUCGCUGCAGGAACAGUUGAAUGUGAUCUCCAAGCAAAGGGACGAGACCGCUCUGCAGCUUUCAGUCUCUCAGGAACAAGUAAAGCAGUAUGCCUUGUCAUUAACCAACCUGCAAAUGGUCCUGGAGCAUUUCCAGCAAGAGGAAAAAGCUAUGUAUUCUGCUGAAUUAGAAAAGGAAAAACAGCAUACAGCUGAAUGGAAGAAAAAGGCAGAAAAUCUAGAAGGAAAAGUAUUAUCAUUACAGGAACGUUUGGAUGAAGCAAAUGCUGCGUUGGAUUCAGCAUCAAGACUUACAGAACAGUUAGAUCUAAAGGAAGAACAGAUUGAAGAACUUAAAAAACAAAAUGAGCUCCGACAAGAAAUGUUGGAUGAUGCACAAAAGAAAUUGAUGAACUUAGUAAACAGCACAGAAGGAAAAGUGGACAAAGACCUCAUGAGGAACCUCUUCAUUGGUCAUUUCCAUACACCAAAAAAUAAGCGUCAUGAAGUGUUUCGGUUAAUGGGAAGCAUCCUGGACAUUCCAAGGGAGGAAAUGGAGCAGUUGUUUAAUGAAGAUGAUGGUGGUGUAACUAAGUGGAUGACUGGAUGGCUUGGAGGAGGAUCAAAAAGUGUUCCCAACACACCUUUGAGACCAAAUCAGCAAGGACCUAUGCUUAACAAUUCUUUUUCAGAGCUUUUUGUUAAAUUUCUGGAAACAGAAUCUCAUCCAUCUAUUCCACCACCAAAACUUUCUGUUCAUGGCAUGAAACCUCUAGGUUCACCAGGAAAGAGAAAACAAGGUUCAGUUGUACCAGGAAGUUUUAAAGAUGCAGCAGAACUCAGGACUGGUAGAAGAACAGAUGUGAAUCCAUUCUUGGCUCCUCGCUCUGCAGCUGUGCCUCUUAUUAACCCAGCUGGUUUUGGACCUGGUGGAUCUGGGCAUCUUCUUUUGAAACCCAUCUCAGAUGUUCUGCCCACGUUUACACCAUUGCCAGUGUCCCCUGACAACAGCGCCGGAGUUGUACUAAAGGACCUUUUAAAGCAAUAGGUGAUUUUCAAGCUAGAGAUGAUUUAGCACUUUAAAGAAACCAUAAACACUAUGUAAUUUUUCACAAAGUGGCCUUUUGGAAAAGAAGUCAUGUAUAUGUUUGCAGUUGUAAUUUCUCUAAAUUUAAUAAAAAUGUUCUUUAUGCUUUUAGAAAUUACAGGUGUCAGAGAAGUAUUUGCUAUAUAACUGCUUUUUCUCUUCUCUGAUUUCACCUAACUCAAGCUAGAAAUUUUUGAUUUAUCUUUUACUUUAAUUUACAAAAAUAAAAAAAGGAAGACAAAAUACCUAGUAGAUAUAUAUAUAUAGAUAUAUAUAUCUAUAUAUCUAUAUAUAUAUCAGCUUUUUAUUUCUUCCUCUCAAUUUCAAGCUCUUUUGGGCUAGGGACAUGCGGUUUAUCUUUUCAACAUCAAGCAAUUUACAAAAAAAGAGAAAAUACUAGUGUGGCUUCUCUACGUAGUGCAGAAAAUGGAUUUGAAGCAAAUAUUAAUCGUCUUUAGAAGACUUUGUAUAAAAAGCCUAGUAUAAGGUUUUCCUGGGAGGUCGCCAGUCCCCUGUGACUGUGCGUAUGUGGUUCUCUGCAAUUUCAUCAUCCACAUAGAUUGAUGUGACCACCAUCACAGUCACGAGACACACUUGCAUCCCAAGGAUCCCUCUGCUGACCUUUCUAAGUGUAACCAUGCCUCUGGUCUCCCCGCUUGGUCCCUGGCAGCCACUAACAGUUCUCCAACUCUAAUUCUGUUAUUUCAGGAAUGCUGUAUAAAUGGAAUCGUACGUUGUAUCACCUCUUAAGACUGGUGGUUAUAAUUCCCAGCAUAAUUCCCUUGAGCGCCAUCCAAGUGGUUACAGUAUUAAAGAGUUUGUUCCUGUUUAUUGUCCUGUACAUGGCAUUGAUACACCAUUUAGUUUCAAGAGCUGAGGUAUCUGUUUAAAGAUAUCAUCUAAAACUAAAGGUUUGCUAACAAAAAUACAAUUUUCAUAUGUGUUAAAUUGUACAGCUGCAUCCACAUAAUAUAAUAAGCAAUAUUCCUAACAUGCCGCCUCAUGCCUUGUCUGCAGUGUUGAUACAGGUACUGCAAUCAGGAUCAUCUCUUCCCAUCACAGUGGUGACUGGAGUGGUGAAAUCACUUCCACAGCACCAGUACCAGCUGUUUAGAACUUAUGAGUAUAAGAAAGAGAGUAUUUCUUUAAUUUUUUUAUAAGCCCAUCAUAAAAAAUCCUGACUUGAAACUUAAUCAUAUGAGGAUGUUCAUAUUUAUAAUUUGAAGUUGUACAUUUAAGAGCUAUUUCUUACAGAUUUUGUAAAUGUAGAUAUGCCUUGGAAAUAGAAACAUUUGUAUAGCAAGAAAAGGUGAAAACAAGAAUAGUCCAAAUAUGUAAAGAGGUCUGGCUCCAACCAGAGUGAAAUUUGAUUGUAAAUUUUGCUGUGAUUAACUGUAUAUUUCUAAUGUAUUUGGGAGACUGGAAGUUUUGAUUAUGUGUUGAUUGUUAAAACUUGUUUUUCUGAAAAAUUAACAGAUAAUACUA